CUUAGUUCAAAAGGAUGAGUGGAUAUUAAUGUAAUUUUAGAUGGCAGUUUUAGAGCCAAUUGGAAGGACAGUCAUGUAGUACAUAAAGCAGUAGCAUUUAUCGAGGAAAGGCUUUUAACUGACACAGGAAUUCAGGAUGCAGAGAAGUAGCUUUAGGGAUAGAGUACAUGUAGGCCAAGUUGUCUAUCUGGGUUUGUGGCCUUGGGCAGUGGGAGAGCUUGUGUCCUGCGGGGGUGGAAGACCCGAGUGGCCUUAACGGCUCUGGCUGGCUGGCUGGCUGGCUGUCAUGAACUGUGAAAGGACCGCCCAGUUGGUGCGGGGUAGGGGCUGAGACCAGAACAAAACCAGCGGAAGCACAGGGCUGAGCCCAGGGCUUCUGAGCCGGGGCUGCGGUGAGUCAGCACAGCGCUCUGACGGCUGCAAAACGGGCCUGGCUGGGCGUGCAGUAGCAGACGCGCCUGGAGGGAACGUAUAAAACCUAGCAAAGCCAAUGUGCUUUAUCAGCCGCCAGUCUUUAGAAUGGCUCCCACCCGCGGGACCACUAAGGCUUCGAGUCCUGAUAAACCUCGAGUACCCUCUCCCCGCCCGCUUUGCCUCGGGAUCUCCACCUCCCAGGAGGCACUGAGAACCGGGCGUGUGGCUCAGCUCUUCUUGGAACAGGCGUGGCGCAGGCGCAGAAGGAGCAGCUCCGGCUGGACUGACCGGCGCUUGCGCAGAGCUCGGCCAACCGCGUUCGCCCCGCCCAGCGGGUUCCGCGCUUUUCUUACGUCAUCGGUACGCAUGCGCCUUGGAAGGAGGGGCGAGCGUCGCGGCGGGGAGCAGGGGGCGGGUCUCGGCCGACGUUUCACGGCGACUGCGCGGACGGAGUCCUGAGUGGAACAUGGCGACUUGCGCUGAAAUCCUGCGGAGCGAGUUCCCCGAAAUUGACGGACAGGUCUUCGACUACGUGACCGGCGUCUUGCACAGCGGCAGCGGGGACUUCGAGUCUGUGGAUGACCUGGUGGACGCUGUGGGCGAACUGUUGCAGGAGGUGUCCGGGGACAGCAAGGAUGACGCGGGCAUCAGGGCCGUGUGCCAGCGCAUGUACAACACCCUGCGCCUGGCGGAACCACAGAGCCAGGGACACAGCCAGGUGCUUCUGGACGCCCCCAUCCAGUUGUCAAAGAUAGCGGAGAGCUAUGACUGUGACCUGAAACUUCCCGGACCACUAAAGAGGGAACAGUCCUCGACAGUGAAUGCAAAGAAGCUAGAGAAGGCCGAGGCUCGACUGAAAGCCAAACAAGAGAAGCGCUCAGAGAAGGACAUGCAGAAGACCAGCACCGCUCUAGUCCUGGAGGAGGCAUCAGCCAGCCAGGCCGGCAGUAGAAAGGAGAGUCGGUUGGAAUCAUCUGGCAAGAACAAGUCCUAUGAUGUGCGAAUUGAGAACUUUGACGUGUCUUUUGGUGAUAGGGUACUGCUGGCUGGAGCAGAUGUGAACUUGGCGUGGGGCCGCCGCUAUGGGCUGGUAGGACGGAACGGGCUAGGGAAGACAACGCUGCUGAAGAUGCUGGCCACCCGGAGCCUGCGGGUUCCAGCCCACAUCUCCCUGCUGCAUGUAGAGCAGGAGGUCGCUGGGGAUGACACGCCUGCCCUGCAGAGUGUGCUGGAGAGUGACAGCGUGCGAGAGGACCUGCUGCAGCGGGAGCGGAAACUCAGUGCCCAGAUUGCUGCGGGCAGGGCAGAGGGCUCAGAAGCAGCACAGCUGGCUGAAAUCUAUGCCAAGUUGGAGGAGAUUGAGGCUGACAAGGCACCUGCCAGGGCAUCGGUCAUUCUUGCUGGGCUUGGCUUUACCCCUAAAAUGCAGCAGCAGCCCACCCGGGAGUUCUCAGGUGGCUGGAGGAUGAGAUUGGCAUUGGCCCGAGCCCUGUUUGCUAGGCCAGACCUUCUGCUGUUGGAUGAACCCACAAACAUGCUGGAUGUCAGGGCCAUCCUGUGGCUGGAGAAUUACCUACAGACAUGGCCCUCCACAAUCCUAGUCGUCUCUCACGACCGCAACUUCCUGAAUGCCAUCGCCACAGACAUCAUCCACCUGCACAGCCAGCGGCUAGACGGCUACCGGGGAGACUUCGAGGCCUUCAUCAAGAGCAAGCAGGAGCGGCUGCUCAAUCAGCAGCGAGAGUAUGAGGCACAGCAGCAGUAUCGCCAGCACAUCCAGGUUUUCAUUGACCGCUUUCGCUACAAUGCCAACAGGGCCUCUCAGGUGCAGAGUAAACUCAAGAUGCUGGAGAAGCUACCAGAGCUGAAGCCGGUGGACAAGGAGUCGGAGGUGGUGAUGAGGUUCCCGGACGGGUUUGAGAAGUUCUCACCGCCAGUUCUGCAGCUGGAUGAGGUGGACUUCUACUAUGACCCUAAGCACAUCAUCUUCAGUGGCCUGUCCGUCUCUGCCGAUCUGGAGUCUCGCAUAUGUGUGGUCGGGGAGAACGGGGCCGGGAAGUCCACCAUGCUGAAGCUGCUCCUGGGGGACCUGGCGCCCGUCCGCGGCAUCAGGCACGCGCACCGGAACCUCAAGAUUGGCUACUUCAGCCAGCACCACGUGGAGCAGCUGGACCUGAGCGUCAGCGCGGUGGAGCUGCUGGCGCGCAAGUUCCCAGGGCGGCCAGAGGAGGAGUAUCGCCACCAGCUGGGCCGGUACGGUGUCUCCGGGGAGCUGGCCAUGCGCCCUGUCGCCAGCUUAUCUGGAGGCCAGAAGAGUCGGGUGGCCUUCGCUCAGAUGACCAUGCCCUGCCCCAACUUCUACAUCCUGGAUGAGCCCACAAACCACCUGGACAUGGAGACCAUUGAGGCUCUGGGCCGCGCGCUCAACAGUUUCCGGGGAGGCGUGAUCCUGGUGUCCCACGACGAGCGCUUCAUCCGCCUGGUGUGCCGGGAGCUGUGGGUGUGCGAAGGAGGCAGCGUCACCCGGGUCGAGGGGGGCUUUGAGCAAUACCGUGCCCUCCUGCAGGAGCAGUUCCUCCGGGAGGGCUUCCUCUAGACCACCUGCUGGGCCAGGCUGGCCAGGAGCUCAGUGCCCACGACGUGGACGCAUUACCAGACCCCGGACCCCCGUGUAGGCCCAGCCCCGGGCCUCCGCCUCCCCCGAUUUGGGGACAGCCUCAUGCCCGAGCCUUUCUCCUUGUUCUGACUGGAGCGUCCAGUGCACAGUUGGGGUCCCAUCUGAGGGUCUGCGAGGACUGUGUCGGGGAAGGGACCGCAGGGAUCCUCGGGGGUUUUGGACUGCACCCGGCCCACUGGGCCCACGAGGCUGCUGUGUAAAUUAAACCGCUGCGUCCCCUGCUGCUCUCCCUAGCCCUGCCGGCUUUGGCUGCCCACUGCUGAGACGUGGGGUGGCGUCUCCCUGCUCCCUGCUGCUCUGGACUCCUCCGUGCUGGGCCUGGGGCACAGGGGCCCUUGGUUGUGAUGGGCGGAGCCUGGGUGGGGGCAGUGCCACUGCGCCGCUUAACCCAGCCUGGACUUGACCUGGGCCAGUAGGCGAACGGGGGGAGCGCUCAGUGGUGCAAACAGCCUGCUGCAGCCUGAAUGGCCACCACUGCCUUAGGCUGACGAGGGCGAGCUCCGCUGUCUCAGCCCAUGCUGCUUCCAAGCUUGAACUGAUUGUGGGGUUUGGCCUCGUACCCAGUUGCCCAUUUUCUCCAGGGGUCUAUGGCCCAGACUCUCCCUGCUUUUCUCUGGACUCUCAGGGCUCAAGAGAGAUGUUUUCCUGUUUUGCUUGAA